AUGACGUCGCCAGAUGUCUCUCGAAAGAGACCAGCGCCAGGCGCCUCUCCCAUUGCCCGUCAACACAUAGGCCCCGCGGACCUCCAACUAUCCAACGACCAGUUCGUACAAUGGGCGCAGUCCAGCCCCACUCAUUCAGACCCCCCUGCUGGUCUCGGCGGAUCCCAGCAAUACCCCUCCGCCGUGCCGAAGACAGUCGAUGUCGACUCCUUGCAGGCGUCAAACCAACUCACGCGGCGGCCAGGGAACCAGCUAGUUAGUCGAGCGCAAUUACAUGACCAGAAUGCGAUUUCAUUGAUGGACCCAACCAGACCAAGAACAGAUAGCAGAGGAGAUCCUGACACGGAGACAGAAGCAGAGCUGGCCCAACGAGCGCUCCUGGCCAAAAAGGACGCGCAGGCGAAGAGGAAACAAAUUCCGCCAUUUGUACAGAAGCUGAGCAGCGAACGUAAAAAUAAGAGUCCCAGCGAAUAUUCGAAUCCUUAUUUCAGGCGUGGUCACCCUGAUCUCCUUUGGCUCAUACAGAAGCCUAAGAAUGUAUCUGCCCAUGGCCGAGGGUCUGCCAAAGGUGGACAACGUGCGAAGAACGACGGUGAGGGAGAUGACGGAGAUAAUGAGGACUUUGGAGACGAAGGAGGUGGUGCCCAACAUGAGCGGUCAAGGUUUCGUGGACAACUCUCUAUCGGUGCUGGAGAGGGCAUACUGGCAAAUGAACAAUUAGCCAAUGUAUAUCGUGAGCUUCAGAAUAUUCGUCAACAGCAGCAAAUAAUAUCCUCGACUAUCGGCAAAUUGCGACGAGAGCACGAACAGCUCUAUGGACAGGCAGCCACAUUCCAGGAACAGCACACCCGCCACGAAAAUUCUAUCAACGCCAUACUCACAUUCCUGGCCACGGUGUACAACCGAAGUUUACAGGGUCAUGAAGGAAUCCAGGGAAUUGUUAACUCUUUUGCUGGAGCCAUACCCCAAGACACUACUCAGCGGAACAUUGUCGACAUGAACGAUUAUAUCGGAGGUAUAAAUGUAGAUCCUUCAGGUCAGCGGCCUUUUAAGAAACAGCAAUUGCUGCUGAAGGCGCCUCCAGUUAGUGACCGAGAUGUACAGCCGUUGCAAGGCAACGCAAUAAGUCCGUCCUCGACUGCCAGUCCUUACGAUACAUCUCUAGGUCACAGACGACUAUCCGAGCACAAGAACAGCACGGCGUCUGGGAACAUCGAAGAGCUGUUUGGCAGUCCACACAAUUCAGCUUCCCAGGCACCAAUCCCAAACCGACAAGAGCAGCAGCUCCCUGUACAGCACCAGCGAACGCCAUCGUCCCAAUCUGCUCAGCAAGGUCAAUCCGCGCCUAACUUACCCGAGAGAGACAUCAUGUCUGCUAUCCAGAACUCGAACGCGAGGAAUAAUCCAUCGUCCAACUUAUCUGAUUUUCCCAGAAUGCUCUCCUCGUUUGAAACGUCCGGUGGAAAUUCUCCCCUUACUGCGUCACAGCGAGCUGAUAUGCUGCGCCUGAUUGCCAACCAAAACCAUGCCGCCGAUCCAACUACUACAGCGUCACCGAACAAUGCACUCAUCACACCAACUCCGCCACCGAUGCCAGCAGGCUACCCUACCCGCCUUGCCAGCACGCGAGCGGAAAUCGACAACCUCGUGAAAAUGCAGGCAGAGCAAGACCGCUCCGUUCAGAAUCUCACGAGCCUUUUACAGCCUUUGAGCCCUAACGGAUCAAUCCCAGGCCUUGAUGAAAACAGCCUGAAUUCCGGGGUGCCACCUCCGCCCCUGGACCUGGAUCAGAUUUUUAACAGUGACUAUUUCUCCGACUUCCCGGGCAUGGAUAAAAAUGGCGGCCUAUCUGGGCUCAACGACGAUCUUCAAACCGGCGAAGGAAAGGAGUCUGAUAGCAACGCCACAAACCAUACCACCACUGUCAAUGAUACUCACGCUAGCGAUCUAUUCGAUUUCGACGGGCUCCCGUUGGUCACGACCGGCGAUGUAUUCCGUACCUCCAAUGCGCCUGUUCAUACACUGCCGGUGUCAGGAGCGCCUGGAUACUUUGAUGGGUAUAUCGGUAUCAACCACGGCAGUAGCGGUAGUGAGAAUCUUGACACUUCAGGGCUGGGUGAUGGAUCCGGCACGCUUAAUUUCGGUGGUGCAAGAAGCGGCGGAUCUGAUGGGUCUCGCAUCACUGAGGCGUUUUCGAGCAGUGAGACAACUAGUCCUGGAGCAGUGAGUGUCGAUGAGAGCUUGCAAGGGCUCGAGGGGACGAGUAGUGCUAAUGCUAGAGCAAACGUAUCUUCUUCAAACAAGAGACGGAAGAAAAGUAAGUAGUGUUGUUCUGCACCGACGGCGGCGCACCAAAAUUCGGUGAAAGGGUGAAAAAUCGUGUUGAUUGAUUUUUACCCAUGGGGAGAAGACAAAAGAUAUAGCUACCAAUCUUAGCUUGUUUUCCUUCGUCCUGGUGUGGCGAUGGUCCUUGGGAUUUGGUCUGGUAAUUUAAUCCCUUUUCUAUCUGAUAACUUUCCAUUUCCCCUUUGUUAGUUUUGAUAUUUUUAUUUUAUUUUAUUUUACUCUUUUUGGUUUCUGGUGUUUCCUCUUGGGGCUAGAGAAACAGAGAGUCACGAAUGGGCGUUUGAACAAAAGGGAAUCUCUCUUUUUCUGUGUGCUUCAUUUUCUACUUACUUCCUUUCGUCGGAGGCUCUCAAAGGGCAAUACAAAAAAUAUUGGGCAUUUUGCUUCGAGGGUUCGGGUGUAUUUCAAAUGGGUUGGCAUCAUGAUUGCUCAUGUUUAUCCGUGUGUGCAUAUGUGUGUAUGUAUCAAUUUAAUCCCAAUCGUAGCCUAUUAUUUACAC